GUCAAAGUUGCUUCCUUUGGCUUCUUCCUACACACUUGCUUCACAUGUCUACUACACUGACUGACUGACACAACGAUAAAGUACACUUAUCGUGUUUCUUGGUCUCAUCAUAAGUUCAAUGGCGGACAAUCGAAGAAGAAGAAGCCUAUUCGACUUCCUACUUUUCUCCGUGUUUCUAGGACUCGCAUGUCUCUGUUUAUCUCCGAUUCCGGCAACAGCUCAACGUCGGAAACUCAGGUUCAGUGUUAACGGCGAGUUCAAGAUACUACAAGUGGCGGAUAUGCAUUUUGCUAACGGCGCUAAGACGCAGUGUCAAAAUGUUCUUCCUAGCCAGAGAGCUCAUUGCUCAGACCUCAACACCACCAUCUUCAUGUCGCGAGUCAUCGCCGCCGAGAAGCCUGAUCUUAUCGUCUUCACCGGUGAUAACAUAUUUGGGUUUGAUGUAAAAGACGCUUUGAAAUCCAUAAACGCUGCGUUUGCUCCAGCGAUUGCGUCUAAAAUCCCAUGGGUUGCUAUUUUGGGAAACCAUGACCAAGAAUCUACAUUUACAAGACAACAAGUUAUGAAUCACAUUGUGAAGCUUCCCAACACUUUGUCUCAAGUGAAUCCUCCUGAAGCUGCUCAUUACAUUGAUGGUUUUGGUAAUUACAAUCUCCAAAUCCAUGGAGCUGCUGAUUCGAAACUACAGAACAAAUCUGUUCUUAAUCUUUAUUUUCUCGAUAGUGGAGAUUAUUCUAGUGUUCCUUACAUGGAAGGUUAUGAUUGGAUCAAAACUUCUCAGCAGUUUUGGUUCGACCGCACUUCAAAACGUCUCAAGAGGGAGUACAACGCAAAGCCUAAUCCUCAAGAAGGUAUAGCUCCAGGACUAGCUUACUUCCACAUUCCAUUACCGGAGUUUUUGAGUUUUGACUCAAAGAACGCUACAAAAGGAGUGAGACAAGAAGGUACAUCCGCGGCUUCUACAAACUCGGGUUUCUUCACAACAUUGAUAGCUAGAGGAGAUGUGAAAUCUGUGUUUGUGGGUCACGACCAUGUCAACGACUUCUGCGGUGAACUUAAAGGUUUGAAUCUAUGUUAUGGUGGUGGAUUUGGGUAUCAUGCUUAUGGUAAAGCUGGAUGGGAAAGAAGAGCGAGAGUUGUGGUUGUUGAUUUGAAUAAGAAGAGAAAAGGAAAGUGGGGAGCUGUGAAAUCGAUUAAGACAUGGAAGAGGCUUGAUGAUAAGCAUCUCUCUGUUAUUGACUCUCAAGUUCUUUGGAACAAUUCUGCAAACAAAUUAGUUGUUCGUUGAUAUUGAUUCCAUGUGUUGUUGUUUUGAUCUGUCUACUAAAUGUUCUGUUUUAGUUGGUUUUGGGUUUCAUAGAAACUGUUUAAGUGUUUAUCAUUGAGUUAGUUUUAAACUCCAUUUGAUGUAAUUUUGUUUGGUUUAAGACUUUAAGGCAAGAAAGUGAAAAACUAAACUUUCAAACACAUUAGAGAUGUGAGUAGUAUUAUAUUUUAACCGUUCUUUAAACUUUUGAUUAAUCGUUUUACCAUUUUGUGUUACCAAUCCGAUCC